ACCCCGCCUCUCCACCUGCUGCUGGUAGUCCGGGCUGGUCCGGGUUAAUGGAUAAACUCACUUCCUACCUGCUGAACCAACAGUGAAAGCAGGCUGCUGACCGGAAGAUACUCACCGCUGGAGACAGAGACAGAGACAGAGAGCGGCUCCUGGAGACAAAACUAGGUUUUAGGUCUCAGGUGUCUCAGUUGUCUCCAGGACCGGGACCGGUACCGGUACCACGGGUUUGGACUUAGAAAGCUCACCGAACUCCACCGAGCUCCCCGCCUGUGAGCGUGUAGCGGGUGAACAGCGGUUGAACAGCGGUUGAACAGCGAGUGAACAGCUGGACAUGGACCCACACAGGUACUUGAUCUUCAACCAGAGGAGCGUGCUCGUCCUCGGGAUCCUCCAGAUGGCCUGUGCGGCUCUAUGUGUGGUGUGUGGCUUCAUGGACGCUGUCUUCCGAAAGGACACCCCGCUGAGUAGCAGCAGGACCCCGGUGUGGGGAGGACUGGUCAUGACCUGUCCUGGUGUUCUGGCGCUGUUCGCCUCCCAAAGGAAGAACUCAACACUGGUGAGUGUGAUGGUGGCAGCAGCAGGACUCUCCUGUGUGGCUGCAGCGUUUAUAUCCGGUUACUCCUGUCUGACACUCACCUACGGGGAGGAGGAUGAAGACGUCUUCCACCAGCACGACAGUCCUCGAGUGACGUUUGUGCUUCAUCGGAUGGUGAAGGGGGCCAACGCCACCAUCCUGCUGACCUGCACCAUCAGCCUGGCUCUCUCCUCUCUCAUCGCCUACGUGGGCUGCCGUAGCCUUCCCGGCUGUGGAUGCUAUGAUGCCAGAACCGGAUUGGAGACGCUGGUUCCUCAGUGUGACCCCGGGGACACUGAGAUGAUUUGUACAUGGCAAGCAGGUGGUGACGACAGGCUUUUCAACUCUCCUGCUCAGUCCACUGACCAGGGCACCACAGAGGAAGAGGAGGGCCCCUCCAAACUGCCUCCAUACAGCAGACUGACCUGACACACAUCCACAUGGAGAGAGACUGGUCCUACACAUCCUCAUGUUUCCUCCAUUCCAGAGAGGGGGGGGGGGGGGGUGGUUAUGGAUUAUAUUUCAUUAAAGUUGUGCCUACACAUUUCUUAAUUCUGGUGGAUGGUCGGAGGGAAGGAAUCUCAAGACUGAACUGAGGACGUCACAUGUUGAUUGUUGUAGAGAGAUCUUUGGACUGUGGCGGUGUCCUCAUUUCCUCUUUGAACAAAGGUUUCUGGAGCCAAAGUGUAAUCCCUGUAACAUGUCAAAACUGAAAUGCCUCCUGUAAAACUCCCCUGUACGCUGUGUGAAAGUGAGCUAUGUUCUCAAUAUGUACAUUUGAUGUGUAUUUAAUAAAUAAAAGCUGACUGAGCUGC